CAAACAGACACCAAUCAAAAUCAAGACACACACACACAGUGUAAGGAGGUGAGAAUGCGAAGCAUGACGACUCUCUGUUCAUCAGAGAGCAUCUUGCUGACCAGAAGGAGUCAACCCGCUAAACAAUUUCGAUCCUUUGUCGAUUCUACUGUUUUCUCCAGGCAACAUCGGAUCAAAUUACAUGAUACUCGUUUCAGACAAGUUCGGCUCUCAAGAACACAUAUGAAUGUACUUCAAUCUGACGGCGACGAUGCAACAAAACUGCCACACAAUACGGAUCACCGGGAAUGCAGUACUUCAGAGAAAUUAUAUUCAACAAAUAAACCGACACCAAUAACGCCACUUCUGUUUAGAAACUUAUCAACCGACGCAUCAUGGAACACCUACCUAAAAUUUAUGCUGUUUUUCGGAAUUUUAACUUUUCAAGACGCUGAAAACGCCCUCGCGAGUUCAGACGCUGCUAGUGUAAUGCAGUUUAGCUCAUUUUUCGGAGAUCUCGAUGAUUUAAGCACAGGUUUUGCUUCAGCAUUCUUGUUGAUAUUUUUCUCUGAACUGGGAGACAAAACCUUCUUCAUAGCGGCGCUUUUAGCAGCUCGGAACUCUGCUGCAGUUGUCUUCCUGGGGACUUUCGGCGCACUUGGUGUAAUGACCGUCAUAUCUGUUGUUCUUGGGCGGACUUUUCACUAUGUAGACGAAAUCCUUCCCUUCAGAUUUGGCGACAUGGACCUACCAAUUGACGAUAUCGCUGCAGCAUUGCUUCUGGUUUAUUUUGGUGUUUCAACGUUGCUCGAUGCCUCUUCUGAUGACGGUCUUAAAGCAGAAGAAGAACAGAAAGAGGCGGAGAUAGCGGUGUCGGAAGUUUCGGGAGAUGGUGCUGGGAUUUUAGCUGCAGCUAGCACAAUAAUUAGCACUUUUCUUUUAGUUUUUGUAGCUGAAUGGGGUGAUAAAUCAUUUUUCUCCACAAUUGCUCUUGCUGCAGCAUCUUCACCUCUUGGAGUCAUUGGUGGGGCACUAGCAGGUCAUGGGCUUGCAACUCUGCUGGCUGUACUUGGAGGCUCGUUACUCGGAACUUUCUUAUCCGAAAAGGUGAUUGCAUAUGUUGGAGGUGUUCUUUUCCUGGUGUUUGCAGCAGUGACUGUUGUUGAGAUUGUGAGUUAGAACUUAGAAUAGUUUCUUUAUUCCUUCCUUCCUUCAUUUAUUAUUAUAUAUUUAUUUAUGUUCAUUCAAGAGAUUUAAUUAACAUAUAAUCAUCAUAAAUAUAAAUUUAUUUCUGUAUAUGAUCAUCUAAGGUCUUUUCAAGAUAAUUAACACCACACAAAUUAAUAAA